AGUGCCUGUGUGGCACAGAUGUAUAAAAAUUCGUGAUCCUGAAACCGAGAGUCCCAUUUUGCACCACAUUUUUGUUAAAGAUUCUACUGCGGGAAGUUCGUGCUUAUAAAAUCAGAUUUUAAAUAAAAAUUACAGUUUGGUCUGAACUUCUUAAUCGGGUGCCAAAUACAGUCGACAGCAAAGGACCGGGCAUGGUUGACACGUAUUUCCGAGUUCCUUUGUUUCUCGUUAGACUCAGCGGAAUUUCGGUCAACGUGCGAAAAGUUUCCAGACUUAGUUCCGCGUACAACGUAAUUUCGACGGUGUGUUUCUACGUCACUUAUUUAUCCGUCAUAAUGGAUUUUGUGGUCAAGAGAGACGACAUUGAGGAGACGAUGAAGAACGUCAGAAUGUCAUUUGGAAUGGCUGUUCUGUCAUGGAUGCAUUUCUAUCUCAGAUCCAAUAAACAUGAGAUCGAGUACUUGAUUCACCUCACGGAGUCCUUCAAGCCUGAGGAUUUCCCAAACAGAGAUCCUGACACAGGAAAUUUAACAAUGACAGGGUAUAUCCCUCGGGUUAACAAGCUUACGAAAUACGGAUGGCUGUUCGUGGCUGUUUUCCAUGCGAUCCAGUCAGCCCUACGCAUGACGUUAAACCGCUCCAUGAUCUUCACUACCUGGUAUCCAUUCGACGCUUCAGUCAGCCCAGUGUAUGAGAUUGUCAACUUGUCCCAGGUCUUUGCAUCUAUUUUGGCUAUAAGCAUAUGUGUUGGCUUCCCGGGUCUGUACGCUACGUUAGUGUGUGUGGCGUGCAGUCAGCUGGAGAAACUCAAAGGGGCCCUACUGGACAUCAGGCAGACACAUCUCACCUCACAACAGGACUGUGGGGCAGAGACCAAUGGAGAGGAACAUCCCCACACCACUGAGGAAGUGUUUCGACACGAACAAAAAAAACUCAACGACUGCAUACGGCACCAUCAGCGGAUAAUACUGUACAUGACAGCGCUGGAGGAGACAAUUAACUUCGCGUUGUGCGGUCUUUUCCUGCUCUUGUUAGCCGCUCUGUGCUUCAUCGCCUUCUCUGCCGUCACGAGCUGGGGAGAUCUCACGGACGUCUCGCAAGCCCUGGUAAUGUACUGCGUCAUGAUGAGUAUUGUGUUCGUAUUUUGCUGGCUCGGAACUCAACUGUCGGUGCAGGCUGAAAACGUCAGAGACGCGGCCUGGGGGUGCGACUGGGUAGGAACUCCUGUCCCGUUCCAGCGCUGUCUGAUCUUCAUCAUCGCCGCGGCCAACAAGGAGUUUACACUCACGGCUGGCAAGUUUGUUCCAGUCUCCAACAAGACCAUGAUGAAUAUGAUAAACCAGACAGUGUCUUUUUUCAUGUUCCUACUGCACAUGAAGAAGAAAAACGAAGAACCAAAACAAGGAGAAUAAUUUACUGUGGAAACAUAAACGUAGUUAAGGCUUUCCACUUUAUUAACGUAAGCUCUCACGUUCCUAUGCGUUGCUGCUUUUAGAUUUAUCAACCGGGGCUUCAUACUCUGACGCACACAAUAAAAUUAACUGGGUCGUAAGUCCUUGCAUACAGAAAUACAAAUUUCGCAUUCAUAAAAUUAGUCGCAGAGGCUGAAGUUAUUUGGAAAGCCAAGAACUAAUGGUAGUAUAAAUUACAAUUCGAGUUCGUUCUUAAACAGAAGCAUUCCCAGAAAGAAUAAAGCUACUGGAUGAAGUUACGUCUUGUGCAGCGUUAGUUUCACAAACAUAAUCUGUAUUAAAGUUAAUUAAAAGCACUGGAUAGCAUAUAAACUACGACAUAUUUUACUCUAUUUUCCUACAUGCACACAAGUAACCACAAGGAAUAAUGGAUACAUAAAAUAUUUGUGUACAGUUAUUUAUAUUUCACACUAAGAAAAAUAUUACAGGAACUGUAGCACGUGGUAGCAACGACUCUCUUAGAGUAACAACAGACUAUGUCUACAAACGCUUUUUACACCGAGAUCUAUUUUAAUUUUUUUUUUAAAAAAAUUUGCGUUUUAUGAUUCGUAACAGAAUUCUGUCUACAUUCAAGAAAGCUAUUUUGCAAGUUUCCUUUAGUUGGAAGCGAACUCUUUUACACAACAAAGAAAAUAUUAAACGUGUCUAAGAAAAAAUGUGCAUUGCAGGGGGGAACUGAAAUCGUAGAACAGACGUAAAUAAAAUAAUAUGAAUUAAAUGUUUCCAUGAACUUAUAGUAACACUGCCGCAAAAAAAGGUCUUCCUCUGUUAUAUUGACGAUAUAAAGAUCAAUAACAUAAAUGUCUGUUAUAAGAACUUUCCUACCAAAGUCACGCAUAAAACGGAGUAUGGAAGUUUCUACGGCAGUUUGCUGUGAUUCAAGAUUUAAUAGCUCUUCUGUAGAACACAACUUCAAAACUGAAUGUGAAUCAACAUGAAAUGCGCAGAAGACCAACUUGGGGCAGGACACGACAAAACGGAGCGGAGAAUUGCUUCAAAUCUUGACGUCAACUAAGAAAUUUACCACCGGCGCAGUUCGAAAGAUGUGAUGA